AUGCCGCAAGGGCGGCAGAUCCCUGUGCCUUCAGCUCGGGAGACGGAGCGACAACAGCAACAACCGCGGAGAAGAGGAAGCGGUAAAGAUGGAAGAGGCAGCGAGCAGCCACCUUGGAGGAGCAGUCUAGAUCUUGUAUGGUCUUACUCGCGCUCUCAAGCCUUUUAUGGUGACAACAUCAGCACAUCGCCCUCCUUUGUUGAGCACCACUGGGCGCGACGGCGGUUAGAGGGUGAGCGAGCGGGAGAUGAGCACGCCUACGAAGAUUCUUCGAACUUCGAUUCGCAAGAUGAUGACGAGGAGGACGAGGACUGGCACGAGGAGGAGCGGGACAACAUUUCGGAAUCGGUAGCAGAUGAGGAGGAAGAGGUGAACGGUGACCACAAUAGGGAGUAUAACGAUGCAAGCGGAUCGUCCGCAACAGCGUGGCCAGGCGAACAACUUCCUCCUAACUCGGUGCAGCGAUCCAGCCUGCAGCAAAAACGCCGACUCUCUGCCAACAAGGCGCACGCAUUGGAAGAGGAUGACAAUCAGCGAAGGGAGCGCCGAGGACGAAGUCGCAGUCGUUCCCCAAAGCGUUUAGCCAGCAGCACGAGUCAGGAUGGGCGAGGUAGUUUCGGUAGUACAUGCCCCGGAAGCGGUGGCCCGCUCCUGUGCGGGUUUAAGGGCGAGCGUGGAUGGCAAGCGCAGGCGCCGCUGCAAGAGAACGGUCUGCCAGUCGGCCGCCUCAGCCAGUCUAACCAGGCUGGAGGACCAAACGAGCGGACGCCCUUGUUAAAAGCGGCAGAUUCACCAGCGGCAGCGGCGACCGGAACCGCCUCGGGAUCUGCAAGCGGGGGAGGUGCGCUGCUGCAGCGCCAGCGAUCCUUGCGAAAAGAUGUGGCUGCACAAUAUGGAACCUCUACCUUUCUCCAAAGCUGGUUCAACACUCUCAAUGCGCUCAUCGGCGUUGGAAUCUUGGCACUCCCGCUAGCAUUCAGCUACGCUGGCUGGAUUUUUGGGCCUUUGCUCUUCCUCCUUGCUGGGGCACUGACCAACUACACCGGCAAGAUUCUCGCGCGCAUCAUGGCGCGCCAGCCGAGCUUGCGUACCUAUGCGGAUAUAGGCAGCUAUGCGUUCGGUCCGCGGGCCCGGUUGGCCGUCAGCGCACUGUUCUGCCUCGAGCUCUGGGCCGUUUGCGUCGCGUUGAUUAUCCUCUUUGCCGAUAGCGCACAGGCGAUUCUGCCGCCUACCCUGCCGGUUAACGCAUACAAGGCCAUCGGCCUGGCGUUCAUCCUUCCCACCAUCUUUCUGCCCCUUAACCUCCUCUCCCCUAUCUCCGUCAUCGGGAUUGUGUCCACUUUUACGCUCUUCGCCGUCGUCCUCUCUGACGGCCUGAUCAAGCAAGAGGCACCCGGCAGUCUGUGGCGCCCCGGCCCCAUGACGCUAUGGCCGCAAUGGGACCGCCUGCCGCUGGCAUUCGGGCUCAUCAUGUCCGGCUUUUCUUCGCAUCCGGUCAUCCCCUCGCUUGUCAAGGACAUGCAAGAUCCAGAUCCACGCACCUUCGGGCGCAUGCUCGAUCUCGCGUACAUCGCCGCUACUUUCGUCUAUGUUGGCAUGGGCGCAGUAGGAUAUGCCAUGUUCGGUACGCACGUCAGCGACGAAAUCACGCGCGACCUCGCGCGCACACCUGGCUUCCCAGCGACCCUGAAUAGAAUCGCGAUCUGGCUGAUCGUCAUCAACCCGCUCGCCAAGUUUGCACUUGCCGCGCGACCCAUCAACGCGACUGUCGAGGUACUGUUUGGCGUCGAAGCAAGCCAGGUGUGCACACAAAUGCAAUCCUGCAGAAAAUCGUCUGCUCGCCGGAAGUCUGCCAGCAGCGGCAGGCGACGGUCGAGCAACGGGUACGCGUCCGGUGGUGUCGAUGUGAACACAGGGUCCGGAGCUAUAUCUUCCAGCACGAGUGGUGCGAGCCUGGCGAACGGCAUCGGGAAUACUGGAAACGAUGCGAAUCCGCUGUCAGGCUCAAGAAUCUCCCUCCGUGCUGCAGAGAUGACAUCGGAGUGGUCACCGUGCGUCAAGUCGUCAUUACGCAUCGGCAUACGCGUCUCCAUCGCCUGUCUCAUCACUGUCACCGCGAUAGUCCUACCCGGCUUCGAGAAGGUCAUGGCAUUCCUGGGCGCAUUCCUCGCCUUUGCGACCUGUGUUUUCGGACCUUUGCUCGCGAAACUCAAACUCUUCCACCGCGAAAUGUCCUGGACUCGCAUUGGGGUUGAUAUCUUCAUCCUCUUUGUCUCGCUCGUCGCAGCAGCUACAGGUACCGCAUGGGCCUUCCUUCCAGGUCGCAAAGAAUGA